CUCCCUACAAGGCUAGUCGAUGUCGGUACCACUGCACACAUUCAGCCUCGUCUUCGGAUUUCAGCAGAUAUAGAUGGAAUACCUCCAUACUUGACCCUGAGCCAUUGCUGGGGUGAAAAUAUCCCAAAACGACUACUCCAACGGGACUUGACAAACAUGAUGACAUCCAUCCGGUUCAAGGAGCUCUCUAAAUCAUUUCAAGAUGCCUUGAUCAUUACCAAGGAACUAGGGUUCCAGUAUAUAUGGAUUGAUGCGCUCUGCAUAAUUCAAGACUCUGACUCUGACGAGGACUGGCGAAGAGAGUCUGCUCAGAUGUGCCAGGUGUAUUCGAACUCAGCUUGCAACCUCGCUGCCACAGCCUCCAAGGACGGCUCAGGGGGGCUCUUUAGACCGCGCGAUACUCGCCCGCUUCACCCUCUACGUGUCAGAGUAGGAAAGUCUACCCACAAUGUCGUCGAUAACCAGUUGUGGGAGAGAGAGGUCGAGCGUGGUCCUCUCAACCAAAGGGCUUGGGUUUGCCAAGAACGAUUACUAGCACCCCGUAUCCUCCAUUUUGCUUCCACGCAGGUUUUCUGGGAAUGCAAUGAGUCCCUUGCAUGCGAGUCAUUUCCUUUCGGAGUUCCACCCUGUGUUGAGAGCCGGUCCCUGACGAGUAUAGACCAGGCGCUAACAGUGACGUAUAAGAGCGUUUUGGAUGAGAGCGCACAUGACCUGGAUAUGGUUUCCUCCAAAAUACUUGAUAUUGUGGCACAUGAUUUGUGGAACUCUAUUGUAGAGCGGUACACAAAAGCUGGCUUAAAACGCGAGACCGAUAAGCUAAUCGCUAUCGGAGGCGUUGCAGAGGCGAUGCAUCGAGCACUAGGGGAUUCCUAUCUCGCUGGGCUCUGGCGUCGUUAUUUCGAAUAUCAACUGCUGUGGUACUGCGACGACUCCCAAAGUUCGAAACCGAAACAAUACCUUGCCCCUUCUUGGUCCUGGGCGUCUGUCAAUGGCAAAAUC